CCCAACAAAAACGCCGAUUCGCCGCACAGCAGAAACAGAGAACACGAGUACGCAGCCUGAACAAAGCUUCCUCCACCGCUGCCUUCCCUUCCUCCGGCGCGCCUGCUGCCAUGGGGAAGAGGUGGCUCCCCCUCGAGGCCAACCCGGACGUCAUGAAUCAGUUCAUGUGGGGACUGGGGGUCCCUGAGGACGUGGGGUUCUGCGACGUGUACGGCCUCGACGACGAGAUUCUCGCCAUGGUGCCCCAGCCCGUGCUCGCCGUCAUCUUGCUCUAUCCCCAGGACCGGAUCAAGGAAUCCCAGGCUUCGAUUACCUCACCGGUGGAAACCAAGCAGGAGCCCAACAAGAAAGUAUAUUUCACAAGACAGACCAUUGGAAACGCCUGUGGAACAGUAGGUAUUAUUCAUGCACUGGGGAAUGCUGGUUCCAGAAUCAAGCUAGGCGAGGGGUCAUAUUUUAAAAGAUUUUAUAAACGAACUGCUGACAUGGAUCCAGUCCAGCGUGCUGCAUUUCUUGAGGAGGACCAAGAAAUGGAAGAUGCUCAUUCUGUUGCUGUUUCUGCCGGUGACACAGAGGCCAAGGAUGGAGUAAUUGAACAUUAUGUUUGUUUCUCUUGUGUCGAUGGAGAACUUUAUGAGCUUGAUGGAGGUACCUCGGGGCCAAUACCUCAUGGCCCUUCGUCCCCUGAUACCUUGUUGCAGGAUGCUGCAAAGGUUAUAAAAGCGAGAGUUGCACUGUAUUCUGAGUCAAACAACUUCAAUGUCAUGGCUCUUUCAGUCAAGUAGUGAUUACAUAGCUCCAGAGAUCAGCCCUAGAGGUUCCCGUUUGCUGCAACCUCACUUGAGUUCAUCGUAGUUAGUAUUGUUCUCUUGCCUUUGUUUCAACAUUUCGAACAUGGGAAAACGAAAUAAGAUGGCGACCGCAAAGUUGAGCUAGUUGGUACCCACACUUUGCGCCUGUACAUAGAAGAUUCAGAUUUAGAGAACGGCAUUUUAUUUGCGAACU